AUAUACUUUUCCACUCUCUGUUUUCAACGUUUGCCCAACAUUUCUUUACUCUUUGCUCAACAAAUGAAAGCGAGAGUAUUUUCCAUGCCACAUUAAAGAACUCCAUAGUCAAAUUGAAGCAAAAGCUUCAUUGUUCUUCCAUCUCCAAGGUCCUUCCAUGGCGAUAAAUCACAGAAAGCUAUUAUAUGCUAACGAAACUACUUGUGGCGGUGAUGGAUGCGACCCGCCGCCCUACGGCGCCGGGGACUAUUACUUCCCUCUGCCGCCGCCGCCGCCGCAAGAGAAAUCAAGCGGAAACGGCGGCGGCAACACUCGGGAAAUCACCAUCGCCGCCGCAAUAGUGGGCGGUUUCGUUCUCCUCAUCCUCAGCUACUACCUAGUUAUUGUGAAGAACUGUUUCGGGUGGAUCCGGGGGAGGAGGCCCGAACAGGGGCGGGGGCCCGAAGGGGAAAACCGAGAGUUUCUCGACGAAAACCGCGGCCCGGUCAUCGACCACCCCAUCUGGUAUAUCCGUACAAUCGGGCUUCAACCUUCCGUAAUCAAUACCAUCACGAUUUUCCAGUAUAAACCGGGCCACGAAAGGUUGAUUGAAGGAACGGAAUGCUCUGUUUGCUUGAAUGAGUUCCAAGAAGACGAGACUCUCCGGCUUUUACCGAAAUGUAACCACGCUUUCCACAUUCUCUGUAUCGACACGUGGCUGAGAUCUCACACGAAUUGCCCGCUGUGUCGCGCCCCCAUUGUCUCCAACGCCGCCGCUCCGCUCCGGAAUCCCAUCCCCGCCGCUCCGGUCCAAGCUGAGAAUAGACCCGAAAGAAACAUCGAACGGGACGAUGUUGAAGCUGGGAAUCGCGAAAACAGAGAAGAAGAAGCCCAGGUUCAAGAAUCCGGCGGCGACGAGGCUCGGAAAACGGAAAGAACAGGUAACGGAAAUGACGGUGUUGUUUAUUGGAGCAGUACGAGGAGGUCGUUGUCGGUUGGUUCCUCAAUCGCCGCCAACAUCGUUGAUUUUGUCGAGCACGAAGAGGCGUGUUUGGGAGAUCCAGAAGCGUCUCAAAGUAACACCCGAAGGAAUUCAAUUACAGAGUGUCUGCACAAGAAGCCUGUUUUGAUGAAGAGAUCAUUUUCAUACGCAGGAAUGCCAUUUUUCUCAAGAAAUCAACCAAACACGCCGCAGAACUAGCGGCAAAUCCGCACACACAACUCAAUUGGUUUCCAGUGGAGAAAGAUGAAUAUAAUUGUACAGUGAAUUCAUGGCAUCCAUGCCGCCUUUACGUUUAUGAUUCAUGGUAAUUAACGAUCAAGAGACGAGGUAUACAUACAUACAUAAAUUAAAUGUCAUGUCGUGAUUAAGCCUGCAUUGAUAUGAGGCAAAAGUUUUGUUAUGUCAUGUGUGAAUUGUGAUCACAAGUACAAGUAGUAUAAAGUGGGAGUGAUUGGUGACGAGACACUCGAAAUAUGAUACAUAGAAUUUGGUCUUGUGUUCAUUAAACGGAUAGGGUGGUGGUGGGUGAUGUCUGCGCUGUAUAUGUAUGUUUGUUGCUGCUAAUGGUUGAGCGGAUGUCCUUCAUCGUAUUUCUUAUCCAAUGCCAAUGUCUCCAAUUGCUUGGAUGAUUUCUAUGUUUCUCAUGAUCGUCUGUCAAUAUUGGUGCAAUAUGUAAAAACUCAAUUACUUCAA